AUGGAGUCUCCUGCCGCCUUUCCCGACUCUCCGAUGGAACAGGAUGAUGUCCCGGUUCCUUGCAAGGGGUGUGGAGAGAUCCUGGAAGAGGGCAAGGCAUUCGAACUAGCGGGAAAUCGAUGGCAUAUCGAAUGUUUUUGCUGCAGUACGUGCGGCACGCUCCUCGACUCGGACGCCCAUCUGUUGCUUCUCGGCGAUGGGUCGUUGAUCUGUAGCAAUUGUACCUAUAGUUGCAGCUCAUGCGGCAACAAGAUCGAGGACCUGGCAAUUUUGACCGGAGAACAAGCUUUCUGCUCCCAGUGCUUUCGAUGCCGCAACUGCAAAAAGAAAAUCGAGAACCUGCGCUAUGCGCGGACCUCUCAGGGUAUUUUCUGCAUGGACUGCCACGAGUCGCUGAUGCAGCGCCGUCGAAAAAGAAACCGAGCAGCCCCCCCUACCAAGAAGCAGGCCCCCAAUGUGAAACUGGACAAGUCGCUCCCUUCGUUACCCCCGGAGGAGGCCGAGUCGCUGUCACAUUCCACGGAUGAUCCCCUGGUCGACGCCUAUGCGGGCGCGACCACCGAAGUGGCAUCGCGGAGGGCGGGGUCUGCGCCGGACGCGGGAAGGACUCGCCCCCUGUCUACCAUUCGCGAUAAUAAUCAAGAAAACCUAAUUCUUCCCUCAAGCACCUACCGCAGUAACCGUCAUUCCGUGGUCCCUCGAGAGGCUGAAGCAGAUAGCGCGGGAGAAUUCCUUAUACCGGUUGCCUUUGAUCCAUCGGAAGAACAGCGUUCCCACGCACCGUCCCCCCAAGAUCACACCGGCAAGUCUCCGAGGGAGGGAUAUGAACCGACGAUUUCGGAAGGUUCGUCCCCUCACAUCGCGUAUCAGGAGAAGGGCCGCGAGCACCCCGAUGCGGACGCUGCUCGCUGGCCCCAGGAAACUGCUGCGGGUGCAAAUGGUUCUGCUCGAAGCUCUCGAUCUGACUUGCCCUCAGGCUCCAAGGAGACAAGCUCUUUUUCCACCCCAAGCCCCGGGAGCAUCAAGUCAUCGACCACCCUCCAGCGGGACGGCUUGACGGCGGAGAGCGCAACGACCCUCCCGAGCCGGCCAUCGCAUGAACUUCAUCGACUACACGACCACGGAGGAUCACUGGACUCGGCACGGUCUUUCCUUUCCUCCAACAGUAUUCAGAACCUGCCAAAACGAGGAGAUUCUUUGCAUCAGUUCCACCGAAAGGAUGUGGGAGUGUCACCCCGUCCCCGGGCGGCUAGCCCGACAGAGCAGUGGCAUGAACGGAGCAGGAGCAAACCGGGAGUGGGCGAGUCUCGCACUCCGCGCAACGAGCCCAAUCAUGAACAGCCCAGACCGACCCGCCCGAAUUCCAUCAACACCAUCCAUCAAGUGGACCGCGCGGGAUCACCGUCAUUACUACGCUAUGGUGGCGAUGGUAAUCUCUCCAUGGACGACGAUGUGGCACGGAUGGUCGGUACCGACGACUCCAACUCAGCCCAGACCAACGAAUCGUUCUUGCGUCGGGUGUCCAAUUCGGUGCGCCAUGGCCGAAGCUUCAGCGACAAAGGUUCGCGCCUGGCUCGCGAUGCCAAGUGGCCCAAGUCACCAGUGAAUGGGACCACGUUCCAGGAAGCUCACAGCCCCUCUGCAGAAUCGCCCGAGUACGGCAGCUCCGAGGAAGUGGCGUGGUUGCGCAGUGAGUUACGCAAGGAGCGCCAGCGUGUCCUCGAACGCGAGCAAAAAAUUGUGGAAAUGGAGGCGAUGUUGAAUGCGACCGCCGAUGUCAAGCAGGUCAACACAGAACUAAAUGAGAAGCGAUCCACCAUGGUUGUGCUGGAUGCUCAAAAGGAGAUCGUCAUGCGAGAACUCUCCGUCCUGACGGAUCACCUGGAGGCCGAAAGGCGUGGUGCCAGCGGUCCUCUAGAUCUAGGAAAGUUGACCAAUCACGUACUGCGGGAGUUUGUCGAGUCGAUCCAGAAGUUGAAGGAUACAUUCACACCGCAGAUCGAGGAGCUGGUCCAAAAGCGCAAUGAUGCGGCCGAGGAGCUUGCCCACUUAAAUCGGAUGAAAGACAAGAGUUUCCAGGAGUUUGAACAGCUGUCCUCGAAGAAUGCCCAGCUGGCCGAGCUGAACAACCAGUUGGUACAUCAGAUUCAGGAGCUGUACAAAGCGAGCUCUACGGACGGCAACCGGGGUGCAAAUGGUCUCGGCAUCUAUUCUCACGGAAAGGAGAGGUCGUUGUCUUCCAUCGAUGCAUUGAAGGCUGCCAAUAAUGAUCUGGUUCCGUCGGUGUCGACUGCCAACGUAUCAGAAGAGGCCGAACCCGCAACGAUCGUUCCCGGUCCCCAGGUUGUCAGUAUUCGCAAGGGUCAGCCUCGCAAAUUCAACUGGAAGAAGGGUGGUCAGAAUGUGGCCAAGGGAGUGACUAAGGGUCUCAAAGGGGCCUUUAUGUCUAGCGAAAAUGCAACCCAAGCCGAGGGUGGACCCGGUCUGCCACGCUCUCAAACCCAGGACCCUAGUCGCCAAGGAUUUGGGUUCUUUGGAAAUCAACGCAACAAGCAGACAGGCACUAGGAUGCCCCAGACGGACAGUUUUCCAGUUCUGGCUGAAACCACUCCGGGUGGACUGUUCGGUACCGACUUGGAACAGCGCAUGGAGCAUGAGAAGAGUAUCAUCCCUGCCAUCAUCACCCGCUGUAUCCAAGAGGUUGAAUUACGAGGCAUGGACAUGGAAGGUAUCUAUCGUAAAUCCGGUGCUAGUUCGGCGAUUCAGACUAUUCGUGAAGGCUUCGAACGAUCUCCUCAGGAUUAUGAUAUUUCGGAUCCAGACCUCGAUAUUCAUGCCGUGACGUCGGCGCUGAAGCAGUACUUCCGGAAACUGCCCAUGCCCCUCAUCACAUACGACGUCUAUGAGAAGGUGAUCGACUCGGGCGAGAUCACCUCGCAUGCGGCCCGGAUCGAGAACCUGCAGAAGAGCCUUCGGGAGCUACCGCGUGUCCAUCAAGACGUACUGGAGUUCCUAAUAUUCCACUUAAAACGGGUCGUGGAGCGUGAAAAGGAGAACCUGAUGACCAGCCAGAACGUCGCUGUCGUGUUUGCCCCGACCAUCAUGAGACCCCAGAGUCUGGCUCGUGAGAUGACAGAUGUACAGAAAAAGAACGAGGUCCUAAAAUUUUUGGUGGAAAACUGUCAAGAGGUGUUUAUGGGGAUGCAGGGCUAG